AUGGCUUCUGAUAAUUACACCGAUAAAAACGCAGUUUUUCGCAAGCUCAAAGCCAAGUCCGAUAACAAGAUGUGUUUCGAUUGCAAUGCGAAGAAUCCUACGUGGGCGUCGGUGACGUACGGUAUCUUCCUUUGUAUUGAUUGCUCUGCUGUUCAUAGGAGCCUCGGCGUUCACGUCAGCUUCGUUAGAUCUACAAAUUUAGAUUCAUGGACUCCAGAGCAGUUGAAAAUGAUGUCCUUUGGUGGAAAUAAUCGUGCUCAAGUUUUCUUCAAGCAGCAUGGAUGGACUGAUGGAGGCAAGAUUGAGGCCAAGUAUACAUCAAGGGCUGCUGAGUUAUACAGGCAGUUGCUUUCAAAAGAAGUUGCUAAGAGUAAUGCAGAAGAAGCAGUUUUACCUUCAUCUCCCAUUGCAUCUCAGUCAGUUCACCCUUCUAACAACUUUCCUGAUAAUAAGAUCUAUGAAGCUCCAAAAGGAAGUUCAGUUAAUGAUUCACCAGAAGAAAGCUCUUCUGUAAAGCCUGAAAAAACUGAGGUUUCUGCUUCAACCAAAACCUCUCUAACAGGUGGCACUAUGAUCGUGAAAAAGCCUCUUGGUGCAAAGAAAACUGGGAAGGUCGGGGGCCUCGGUGCCAGAAAGCUUACUACUAAGCCUAGUGAAGGUCUCUAUGACCAGAAGCCUGAAGAGCUCCCCCCUGUACAAGUUUCCUCAAGCACUUCUUCUAACAAUGGCACCCCCAAAGUUGCUUCAUCUUUUGCAUCUCGAUUUGAGUAUUCAGACAAUGUUCAACCUGCUGAUAUGAGUCGUGGAGGUGCUCAUGUCGUUGGCCAUGUAACUCCACCUAAGUCAUCCAACUUUUUCGCUGAAUAUGGCAUGGACAGUGGUUUCACGAAGAAGAGUAGCAUGAACUCAACCAAAGUACAAGUUGAGGAAACUGAUGAAGCGAGGAAGAAGUUUUCUAAUGCAAAGUCCAUAUCAUCAGCCCAGUUUUUUGGUGUGAACAAAGCCAAUGAUAUUGAAGCAUCAGCUUCCCUGCAAAAGUUCUCUGGUUCUGCAUCAAUAUCUAGUGCUGAUCUCUUUGGUCACGAUGCCAAUAAUUCGUCUGUUGACCUCACAGCAAGUGAUCUCAUUAAUCGUCUCUCUUUCCAGGCACAACAAGAUAUCUCCUCUAUUAAGAAUAUUGCAGGAGAAACCGGGAAGAAGCUAAGCUCCCUGGCGUCCAAUAUAUUUACGGAUAUUCAGGACCGAAUCCUCUGA